GUGUGUAAAUAGAUGCUCCCGGCAUUCACGUGAACACACAACCCAGCAUAUGGUGAUUUUACCAAACUACCCCCCUCCCACUUAUGCUUCAUCACAGCAUAACCGCCUCACCACACACACAUUACCUACGCUUGGUUAUGGCACACACAGGUGUGGUUCACGCUGAAGCCAAAGAGGACAAUUGGCGAUGCUAAACGGCGAUUACAGCUCACCAACCUUGCCAAACCCAAUCACUAUCGGAGUACACAUCUGCGCCAUUGAAGAAGACUCGCGGAGCUUGUUAAAGCCGAACGCCACCGGACGGCAAAUCUGCGGCGUCGAAGAACAGCUCACUGUCUGCAAAACCCACCCAUCGUCAGCUGUGUUCGUGGUCCAAAUGGCAUCCAUACGUACUUUAUCUCAUACCCAAGCGAAAAACAAAGACAUAUCUGUGGAGAUAUCAGGCAGUGUGGAAGAGACAUAGAAACAAUUAAACCACAAGGCCUCCUGGGACAGUGAUUUGAUCAGAAUUUUCCUACAGCUCAUUGCCAAUGAAAUUACAAAAGAAAAUCGACCAUUCCUAGUCCUAAGCCAAGCUGGGUACAAGUCUUUGGCUAAGAAAUUUGAGAAAAAACCUAGAAGAAAACAUGGCCUUAAGCAGUUGAAGAAUAAAUACAUGAGUCUAAAGAAAUAAUGGAAUGCUUGGAGAAAGUUGAUGGAUUCCAGCUAAGGAGUGUUAGGGAUUGGCUUUGACAGCGAGACUGGUAUGUUCCAGGCGUCCAAUGAGUGGUGGGCGAAGAUGGAAUCGGUAAGUACAAUGUAAUGUCUGUAUGGUCGUUUCGUUUCAUAUUUCUCUGUUAGCAAUUACUUUUUCUUGUAUUUGUUUACUAAACAUUUCACCUGUAGCAUUGUAGACACCCAUUUUUGACCGACCUCAA